AGUUCUCACAUUAACGCACCAGCAGCCGUUAGGAAAAUGUGCAUAAUGCUCAACCUCGCCGCCGCCACUUAGCCGCACGCAUCACCACUGGUAUGUUCUGUCGUCUCUUCAAAAACUCAUUCUCCAAAACCAAAAACAUUCACUACAACAAAAAAUUCACCUUUUCUUCUUCCACUGCUCUUUCACUUUCUACCUCACAAACCCAUUUCACAAAACCUUCAAAUUUCUCAUCUUCUGAUCCUAACACCUCCAAAAUCCUCGAAAGACUUUACCUUUAUAGAAACAACCCUACACUUGCACACUCUUACUUCACUCAACUCAACCAACAUAAACAACAUGGUUUCUGUUACAAUAUUCAAACUUAUGUAGCAAUCAUUAAGAUAAUGUGUUAUUGGAAUUGGAUUAGAAAGUUAGAUUCUUUGUUUAUUGAUAUUAUUGCUCAUUCUAAACAAGACCCAUCAUUUAAAAUCAAUGACUUGUUUGAUUCAUUGUUUGAUGAUGUUGUUGAUGUUAAUCAAAAUCAUUACUUGCUUAGAGCUUUUAAUGGCUUUGUUAAAGCUUGUGUUAGUCGUAACAUGUUUGAUGAAGCUAUUGAUUUCUUGUCUAGGAGGAGUUUGAUUUUGCCAAAUGUACUUUCUUUUAAUUUUCUUAUCAACCGGUUGGUUAUACAUGAUAGAAUCGAUACGGCGUUGUUUUUAUUCGACCAAUACAAGAGUUUUGGAUUGAUUUUCAACCGUUAUACAUAUGCCAUUGUCAUCAAGGCGCGAUGUAAGAAGGGUAAUUUGGAACAAGCAUUUUGUGUGUUUGACGAAAUGAAGGAAGUUGGGGUGGAUCCUGAUUCGUAUUGCUAUGCCACUUUGAUUGAGGGGCUGUGCAACAAUAACAGGUCUGAUCUUGGAUAUGGCGUGCUUCAAGAUUGUAGAACAAGGAGUGUUCCCCUAGAUGUUUAUGCCUACACCGUGGUUAUUCGUGGAUUUUGUAAUGAAAUGGAAUUAGAUAAAGCUGAGAGCGUGUUUUCGGAGAUGGAAAAGCUAGGUCUUGUUCCUGAUGUGUAUAUUUAUUGUGCAUUGGUCCAUGGUUAUUGUAAGAGCCGUAAUUUGGAUAAAGCUUUAUCCAUACAUGAUAGCAUGCUUUCAAGGGGUAUAGAGACAAAUUGUGUCAUUGUAAGUUGCAUCCUCCAUUGCUUGGAUGAGAUGGGAAGGGCUUCGGAAGUGGUAGCUACGUUUGAAAAAAUCAAGGAAUCAGGCUUGUAUCUUGACGGGGUAGCUUAUAAUAUUGUAUUUUAUUCUUUGUGUAAAUUGGGUAAGCUGGAUGAAGCAGUAGGUAUGCUGGAGGAGUUGAAAUCUAUGCACAUCAAUUUAGAUAUCAUACACUACACAACCCUUAUUAAUGGUUACUGUCUUAAAGAGAAACUCGAUGCAGCCUAUAGUAUAUUCAAAGAAAUGGAGGAACAAGGAUUUAAACCUGAUGUUGUUACUUAUAAUGUACUAGCCAUUGGUAUGUCUAGAAAUCAUCGUUAUUGUGAGACAAUUGACCUUUUGAGUUAUAUGGAUAGUCAAGCUGUGAAGCCGAACUCUACUACACAUAAGAUUAUCAUUGAAGGUUUGUGUUCACUGGGCAAGGUUGAAGAAGCCGAGGCACAUUUUAAUGGUUUGAAAGAUAAAAGUGUUGAAAUCUAUUCCGCCAUGGUUAAUAGUUAUUGUAAGAUGAAUUGUUUGCGAGAGGCCUAUGAUCUCUUUCAGGAUAUGAAGACAAGAGGGAUUAAACCUGAUGUCUUUGCAUACAAAGUUAUUCUUGAGGGUUUAUUGAACGGAAGGCAGGAGAUGAUUGCUCUGGACUUGUAUAAUGAAAUGUCUUUGAAGGGAAUGACACCAGGUGCAACAUUAAAUCGUCGUAUUCAAAAAGCUAUAAUGAUGCAAUUUCAUCAGUAGCCAGUCAGUUUUACUGCUAGUGCUUGGAUUUGUCCCAUAUUUGAAAGUCUAUCAGGUUGGUACCUAAAGGCACUGCUGCUGAGGGAUUCUAGGAUACAAUUUCCAUUGCAUGACAGCCUCAAUUGUAUAAACAAGAAAGCUUCUUCAAAUCACAGAGCAUCCUUGGAACACGAUGUUGAGCAACUACAAUUAUGCCUACAGCAGGAGAUAUCCAUGCAUAUCUUGCUUGAGAGAGCAAUGGGCCGAGCCUCGAGUACUUUAUCACCUGGACACAGAAACUUUGCUUCUCAGGUUCAGAAUUUCUCUUUGACUAGAAUAGCAUAGCAUGGCUAUUUUGGAUGGAGCAGUACAAAUUGUAGAGCCGAGCCCUCACCUUUUUGUAUAGCAGACCUGUUACAAGUAUAUAUCAAUGUAGAAAUAGAUUUGUCACAAGCAACUUAGAAAUCAAUUUAUUAAACUAGUUAACUAGUUUAAUAUACCAGGGCAAUGAUGAAGGAAAAUGGAAGUCAAUUCAUUUUGGCAUGUUGAAAAAGUGGAGCUGGUAUAACCGAGUCAGCGAAAAUGCUCAUGAGAUAUCUAGCCUUCACGAGGGGUAGAUCAACUUGUUUUGGAGGAUCCAUAAGGAGAGAAAUGGCACAGGCAAGAGUUAUGUGCAAAGCAGACUUCUGAGAUAAUGCAUCUCAAUCACUUAGUAAGUUUAUGUUUGUUUCAUAACAAUAAUCUCCGACCACUUUAUCAUCAUCAUCUAUUGUGACUUAUUGUAACUAUCAUAUUUGUAGUUGCAACAGUACAAGCAUGAGAGAGAUUUAUGUGUUGUAAUAAUUUUCCAAAUUUAUAUAUAGUGUUAUUUUCUA